UGCAAAUAUUUGAAUUUGUGAGAAAUAGACAUAGGCACAUAGCAUAUGGCUCAUAGUAUUCACUCAUCAACAUUAAGCUCCUAAAAGCAAAACCAACCAACCCACCACUCAUUUACUUUUCUAAAAUUAGAAAAAAGUUAUCCCAACUUCCAUGGCCAAUAAUCUUAUGCAAUCACCGAUCCCAGCUUCUUCUCACACAGCUCCACAGUUAUCCAAAAUCAAACAAUCAAUUACUUCAAUCUCAGUUCCAAUUUCAAAACCCAACUAUUCAAGAUAUAAUAAGCCUUACCCAUAUCCAUAUCCAUACCCAUAUCCGUACCCGUACCCAUACCCAUCUUCUGGGUUUACACUUAGAAUUUGUUGUACUACUGAGGAACACAACUCAGAUUUGCUUACAGAUGAUGCAGAAACUAUUGCCUUCACCAAAAUAAGUAUAUAUCAGUCUCUGGAAGGUAUCAAUAGAGGUGUGUUUGGGGUAACAUCUUCCAAGAAGAGAGAAAUUGAAGGUUUAGUGAUGAAACUUGAGGCUAAAAAUCCAACACCCAAUCCAACACAAUGUUUGGAUAAGGUAAGUGGAUGUUGGAAGCUUAUAUACAGUACAAUUACUAUAUUGGGUUCUAAAAGAACUAAGCUUGGACUCAGAGAUUUUAUCAAUUUGGGGGAUUUUUUGCAGAUCAUUAAUAUUGAUGAGGGCAAAGCAGUUAACUUAAUCAAGUUCAAUGCAAGUGGAUUAAGUUUGCUCAAUGGUCAGUUGACAAUUCAGGCCUCUUUCAGCAUUGCAUCGCCUUCGAGAGUGAACAUUAAGUAUGACAGUUCACAGAUCAUCCCAGAACAGCUGAUGAAUUUGUUCAAGAAAAAUUAUGAACUUUUACUCAGCAUAUUCAACCCAGAAGGCUGGCUGGAGAUCACGUAUCCUUUUGUUUAUUCAUCUUGUUUUAACCAGUUAUUUACUAUGUUCAAGUUUUACUCUGGUAUGAGACGGCGCCGAAAGUGCAACAUGUAAUGGUUUGUUUGGUAGUCGGUAUUCAAUAAUGGUAAUGGUAAUAAAAAGUUAAUAUUAUUUUGGUAGAAAAAUAUCUCUACAAUUUACUCUGUUUAAGUCUUAUUCUGGUAUAUGCGUCGGGGUCCAAACUGCAACAUGUAUGAGUUUACCGAGAAAAGAGACUUUGGAUAACCUUUUUGUUGUUAGUAAAAUAUUCUUUUUUAUGUUGUUAAUGCGGUUCGUGACUUAAUACAUGUUUUAUUAUCGAAAUCGUUUGCACGUCCUUUGAUUCGUAUAUGAGGAGCCUUUUUUCUACUAUUGCCUAUGACUCCGAUAAGAUGGAAUCUAAGCCCGAGCUUGCCCAAGCUCUGGUCUGAGGCAUUUGAUUAAUAACCUUAUUAAUAUUGAAUUGUGUAACUUAUAAUACAGAAGAAUUAAAGUCGAUCAAGUUGGUUAUAAUGUACACACGUAGAGAUGAGUGUUCAACCCACCGUGUACUAGAAUUUUGCAGAACCGAGCUUACACUUGAACCUUAACGCAAAAGAUGUGCAGAUAUGUUGACGACACGAUGAGGAUAGGAAGAGAUGAUAAAGGCAACAUCUUCAUACUAGAAAGAGGAACAGAUGAUGAUUCAUGAUUUGUAUCUAGUUGGAUCUUCUCAACAAGGCCUUAUUAAUUCUUUCAUGUGCUUGAAGAUCGUACAAAUUUACAAGGGGCAAAGUAAAGAAAGCACGAUGUAUAGAUUAGCUUUGAUUUCUUCAUGGACAUGUCAUUUUGUCAAAUGUAACAUUUCUUCAUGUACAUGUCAUUAGAGCUAGUAAGAUUUAAUUUAUUUAAUUGCAAUUUUGAACG